AUGGCCCUUCCUUCCAGUCUCCAGGACUUCAUUCCUCACUUCCAUCUGAGGCUACGUCCUCAUGGCCUCUUCUGUGCCAGUUCCUGCCGGCGCUCUCACACAGAAUCUUCUGGGAAGACUCCCACUUUACCUUCUGCUCCCCGUCUUGUCUUACCCACACCAAAGUCGCCCUCCGUGGUCUGUUCACAGCUGCGAAGGCUACUCCAGCAUCAUCCUGGGAAGUGUCCCAGCUGUAGCCACUCCCCUCCCCCGAAGCCUUCAUGUCUGCAGAGUGAAACAUCUUUCAACCUAAUAUCAGAAAAAUGUGACAUUCUAUCCAUUCUUCGGGAUCACCCUGAAAAUAGGAUUUACCAGAGGAAAAUCCAGGAACUCAGCAAAAGAUUUACCUCAAUCCGAAAGACCAAAGGAGACGGAAACUGCUUCUACAGGGCCUUGGGCUAUUCCUACCUGGAGUCUUUGCUGGGCAAGAGCAGAGAGGUCCUCAAGUUCAAAGAGCGUGUGCUACAGACCCCAAACGACCUUCUGGCUGCCGGCUUUGAGGAACACAAGUUCAGAAACUUCUUUAAUGCUUUUUACAGUGUGGUAGAGCUGGUAGAGAAGGAUAGCUCAGUGUCCAGCCUGCUGAAGGUGUUCAAUGACCAGAGCUCCUCGGACCGAAUCGUGCAGUUCUUACGCCUCCUCACGUCGGCCUUCAUCAGGAACCGAGCUGACUUCUUCCGACAUUUCAUCGAUGAGGAGAUGGACAUCAAAGACUUCUGCACUCACGAAGUAGAGCCCAUGGCCAUGGAGUGUGACCACGUACAGAUCACAGCCCUGUCGCAGGCACUCAACAUUGCUCUGCAGGUCGAGUAUGUCGACGAGAUGGACACCGCUCUGAACCACCACGUGUUCCCCGAGGCUGCCAUCCCUUCUGUUUAUCUGCUCUAUAAAACAUCCCACUACAACAUCCUCUAUGCAGCUGAAAAACACUGAUUAAUUUUAGGCUAUGCCAGAGCCUGUCAUCCAAUGGACUGCAUUCUGAAUGGAACAUUCUGCCUUGGCAAUUUUUUGAGUGAUUUAGACAACUAGAAAACAUAGCCUUCUGGGUAAAGCCACACUGAACUGAGACCUGUGCCCACUAUGGACUGUGAUAACUUAAUAGGAAUUUUAGUAUUUAUUUUGAUAGAUGAUAUAAUGCCUGCUGACUCUGGACCAUAAGGCCAGAAACCCUGUCUCUGUACCCAUGUCCUUCAAGAACCUCGUUGGACUUAUUUAUCUGGAAGAGGUUCCUGACAGUGUUGAUAUGCUGCUGUGUGAAAUCGGGGACUAUCGGGCUUGUCCUCACCCAGGGCAGUGGCCCUCAUAGGGGAGAAAAGCUCAGGUCAGCUGUCGUGUCAAGUUCAGGUGACUUACUAGACCUACGAAGAGUCCAGCCUGGCUAUGUUGGGUGGGUCAUGGUAGACUGUCUGAAUGUGAGGUGGUUUUUCAUUCAUGGUGGCUGUACUUUCCCAUCCACUGAAGGAGAGAGGGAACAAAAACAAAGACUUUUUACCAAAGUCCAGAAAAGGACUUGCUCAGCCUUCAGCAUGAAGCUCAGGUUGUGAGGUCCCUCUACCUCUCAGGACCAGAACUCAGGACUCUGGAGGACAGGCCCUUCAGGGUUCUGCUCUCACUCCCACCUGGAUAAGGCUUGCCAAGGACCAGGGUCUGUACCUGAAUCAGUGUGCCCAUGUCUGGGACCAAGGGGCUAUUGCUGUGCCCCCCCCACCCCCCCGUAAAUUCUAGAAGGAGGUCUAGGUAGUCGGCUGGGUCUGUGCAGCAUGGACCUAGAAGGGCUGAGAACAGGUUUCACAAGGCUCUGUGGUUUUCCCCAGCUCAGCUCCAUAGGUAGUUAGGCAGGGAAGGACAGACAAGCCAUAGGAGUUGGCAGCAGGACAUUUCUUCCUCUGCACGUGCCCCUGAAUAGUCACUUACCUUGUCUUGCUGCUUCAAGGCCUUUAGGAGUCCACCUGAGGACACACUGGCAGCCGCUAGCCACACCCUCCUCUGUAGGACAGCUGUGGGACCACCCCUAGUCCUUCCUUCGCUCAUGCUUCACUCUGCAGGAAUUAGACUACUGGUGCUACUGGGAGGGUUUGCUGACAGCCUGCACACAGGGCUGGGCGCAGGAUCCUCAUCCUGAGUCUUCUAUAAUUCAGAUUUGUAUCUGUCCUUUUGUUUGGUGUUAAGUCAAAAGCACCAAGAUGUCUGGGCAGCCCUCUGCCAACAUUUAGAUCCAAAGGUUCCAGCUAAGUGAGUCUAUUGCUGGCACAGGAGUGUAAAUCUGCCCUUCAGCUUUUGAAGUGUUCCGUGUCCCACCCUGACCUAGGUAUCUACAGCAGGUAGCCCACAAGAGUGGGCACCUAUUUCCACGGCUGUCUUCAGCCAGUAUCAUCCAUUUCCAGGCUUAAUGGUAUGAGUACAGGAUGCCUGACUGAUGGACGGCCUGGGAUGUUCCACAGGAGCUCAGAUGGGUCUGGGGACAGGGGGAUGGGCUUGAGAACAUGCUAAAGCCUGGCCAAGCAUAGCAAUUUCUUGGCUAGGUUACAGUCAAGUCCUGCCAGCUCUUUCUAGAGCAAACAGUGGAGCGCAGGUGCUGAGAGCUAUUUUCCAAUUCCUCACUCUCCCAGAACAGCCAGUGGGGACAGUAACAGCGGUGCACCUGCUAUCUGUCUUCUGAAAGCAGAUGCAAGUGCUGAGGUCAGCUGCCCGAGUUCAACUGUGUGACCUUGACCAAAUUUCUUCACCUCUGAAGCAAAGAAGCAUGCCACUUCAAAGUGAACCAGGUCUAAAAGCCAAGUAUACAGACAGCCUGGGAAAAUGGGGCCUGGGGCUCAGUGAGUGUCCAAGGCCCAAGGCCAAGCCCUACAGCUUCCCUCAAGUGAAAACAUCUUCUUAGCAUUAAAACUGUUUCUAUAAACAA